AUGCGGCCUGGGCGGGGCCGAUCGCAGCCAUCCAUGGACAUGUACGCGAUGAGCUCCUUCGCGCCACUUACGCUCUUGGCGGAGGAGGAAAGGGAGGAUGAGGAACAGGAGGAGGGGUGCUCUGACGGUGCUGGCUCGAGGCGGACGUCGCAGGAUGCAGCACAGCGGUCGGGCAGAGGAUAUCAGAAAUGGCCAUUCAGCGAUCCUUUGGUCUGGAUCGACCUGGAAAUGUCAGGACUGAUCCUGGAAACCGACACAAUCAUUGAGAUCGCAUGCAUAGUGACCGAUUCAUCUUUGCAAAGACAGAUAGAGGGGCCAUCCAUCGCCAUCCACCAUCCAGAUGAUGUGUUCGACCGUAUGGAUGCGUGGUGCACUGAGCACCACGGGGCCAGCGGCCUGACGGACCGCUGCAAGGCCAGCAUGAUUUCUCUGGAGCAGGCCGAGGAGCUUGUGCUAGACUUCGUAAAGCAAUUGAUGCCCCCUGGGGUGGCCCUGCUGGCAGGAAACUCCGUGCAUGUGGACAAGACGUUCCUAAGGCGUUACAUGCCCAUGCUGCAUGACUACCUGAACUACCGCAUCCUGGACGUAUCUACCGUCAAGGAGCUGUGCCGAAGGUGGUACCCCAAGGAGUGGAAGCGGUGCCCGAGGAAGAAGAACAAUCACACCGCGUUGUCAGACAUACGGGAGAGCAUAGAAGAGCUCAAGCACUACAGGACCGCAAUCUUCAAGAAGCAAUGA